AUGGAGCUGGAUGAUCACAAACUGGACGUGAAGGAGCUCGAGCUCAAAUACAACACGAGCGCCACCAAGGGUCUGUCCGAGGCGGCGGCGGCCGAGUGGCUCCUGCGGGACGGCCCCAAAGGUCUGUCCGAGGCGGCGGGGGCCGAGUGGCUCCUGCGGGACGGCCCCAAAGGCCUGUCCGAGGUGGCGGCAGCCGAGCGGCUCCUGCGGGACGGCCCCAAUCCGCAGCCAAGUGGCUCCUGCGGGACGGCCCCAACGCGCUCACGGCUCCUGCGGGACGGCCCCAACGCGCUGCGGCCGCCGCGCGGCACGCCGGGCUGUGUCCGCUUCGGCCGGCAGCUGGCCGGAGGGCUGCAGUGCCUCAUGUGGGUGGCCGCGGCCAUCUGCCUCAUCGCCUACGGCGUGCAGGAGGGCGAGGGCGACCGCGGCAGCUCGGACAACCUGUACCUGGCCGUGGCGCUCAUCGCCGUCGUGGUGGUCACCGGCUGCUUCGGCUACUACCAGGAGUUCAAGAGCACCAACAUCAUCGCCAGCUUCCGCAGCCUGGUCCCGCAGCAAGCCACGGUGGUGCGGGCGGGGCAGGUGCUGCAGGUGAACGCGGCCGAGCUCGUGGUGGGCGACCUGGUGGAGAUCAAGGGCGGCGACCGCGUGCCGGCCGACAUCCGCGUGCUGGCCGCCCAGGGCUGCAAGGUGGACAAUUCCUCGCUGACCGGGGAGUCGGAGCCGCAGCCGCGCUCACCUGAGUGCACGCACGAGUCGCACCUGGAGACGCGCAACAUCGCCUUCUUCUCCACCAUGUGCCUGGAGGGUACGGCCACGGGGCUGGUGAUCAGCACGGGCGACCGCACGGUGAUCGGGCGCAUCGCCAGCCUGGCGUCGGGCGUGGAGAACGAGAAGACGCCGAUCGCGGUGGAGAUCGAGCACUUCGUGGACAUCAUCGCCGGCCUGGCCGUCUUCUUCGGCGGCACCUUCUUCGUGGUGGCCAUGCUGAUCGGCUACCCCUUCCUGCGCGCCCUCGUCUUCUUCAUGGCCAUCGUGGUGGCCUACGUGCCCGAGGGGCUGCUGGCCACCGUCACGGUACGGGCACCGGGCACCUGGGCGUCAGGGGGGUUUCGGGGGGUCUUCAUGGCCAUCGUGGUGGCCUACGUGCCCGAGGGGCUGCUGGCCACCGUCACGGUGAGGCCUCACCUGUCUCACCUGUCCAUGUCCCACCUGUCCGUGUCUCACCUGUCCCACCUGUGCCAGGUGAGGCCUCACCUGUCCGUGUCUCACCUGUAUCUCACCUGUGCCACCUGUGAGGCGUUUGACCAGAGCUCGGCCUCGUGGGCGCUGCUCAGCCAGGUGAUCACGCUCUGCAACCGCGCCCAGUUCAAGCCGGGCCAGGACGGCGUGCCC